ACGUCCUGUUUUCGUUGGCCGCGUUCGGAUGGUGCCAGCCGCUGUGGCUGCUGCGGCUUGUUAGUGCUGCUCCUCGCCCGGCGUGCUGAGUGCUGUGCGGCCUCCUACUUUGUCCGGUUCUCCUGCGCGUGGUCCCGAAGGGCGCCGCUUUCCCGCGGCCUGCGGCAUGGGCCGGGAGUCACGCCACUAUCGGAAGCGAUCAGCAUCACGGGGACGCUCUGGAAGUCGAUCUAGAAGUCGCUCACCCUCAGACAAGAGAAGUAAACGUGGAGAUGACAGAAGGUCUAGAAGCAGGGAUAGAGAUAGAAGGAGAGAGAGAUCUCGUAGCAGGGAUAAAAGAAGAUCUCGGUCAAGAGACAGGAAGCGUCUGAGGCGUUCCAGAAGUAGAGAGAGAGAUCGAAGUCGAGAGCGAAGAAGAUCUCGAAGUCGAGACAGGAGACGUUCGAGGAGUAGAAGCCGGGGCCGGAGAUCGCGAUCCUCCAGUCCCGGCAAUAAAAGCAAGAAAGCUGAGAAUAGGUCUAGGUCCAAAGAGAAAACAGAUAGUGGGGAAAGUUCUAAAGAGAAGAAAAAAGACAAAGAUGACAAAGAGGAUGAAAAAGAAAAGGAUGCCGGUAACUUUGACCAGAAUAAGCUAGAAGAAGAAAUGAGAAAGCGAAAAGAAAGGGUAGAGAAAUGGCGGGAAGAGCAACGUAAAAAGGCCAUGGAAAACAUAGGGGAACUGAAAAAGGAAAUUGAAGAGAUGAAACAAGGGAAAAAAUGGAGUUUAGAAGAUGAUGAUGAUGAUGAAGAUGAUCCUGCAGAGGCUGAAAAGGAAGGAAAUGAAAUGGAGGGUGAGGAGUUAGAUCCAUUAGAUGCUUACAUGGAAGAAGUGAAAGAGGAAGUAAAAAAGUUUAAUAUGAGAAGUGUGAAAGGUGGUGGGGGAAAUGAAAAGAAGUCUGGGCCAACAGUCACAAAAGUUGUCACUGUUGUCACAACCAAAAAAGCAGUCGUAGAUUCUGAUAAGAAGAAAGGUGAGCUAAUGGAGAAUGACCAGGAUGCCAUGGAGUAUUCUUCAGAGGAGGAAGAAGUUGAUCUUCAGACUGCCCUUACAGGUUAUCAGACAAAGCAGAGAAAGCUUCUAGAACCAGUGGAUCAUGGAAAAAUUGAAUAUGAACAAUUCAGAAAAAACUUUUACGUUGAAGUUCCAGAACUGGCAAAAAUGUCUCAAGAGGAGGUGAAUGUAUUUCGGUUGGAAAUGGAGGGCAUUAUUGUCAAGGGAAAAGGUUGCCCCAAACCAAUUAAAUCUUGGGUUCAGUGUGGGAUUUCUAUGAAGAUCUUAAACUCUCUCAAAAAGCAUGGUUAUGAAAAGCCUACGCCAAUCCAAACCCAGGCGAUUCCUGCUAUAAUGUCUGGACGAGAUUUGAUUGGUAUUGCCAAGACAGGAAGUGGAAAGACCAUUGCCUUUCUGUUGCCCAUGUUUAGACACAUCAUGGAUCAGAGGUCAUUAGAAGAAGGAGAGGGGCCAAUAGCUGUCAUCAUGACUCCAACUCGAGAACUGGCUUUACAAAUUACUAAAGAAUGUAAGAAGUUUUCGAAGACCUUGGGCCUUAGAGUGGUCUGUGUUUAUGGAGGAACAGGAAUCAGUGAGCAGAUUGCUGAGCUGAAAAGAGGUGCUGAAAUUAUUGUUUGCACACCUGGUCGAAUGAUUGACAUGUUAGCAGCUAACAGUGGUCGGGUUACAAAUCUUCGAAGAGUGACUUAUGUUGUUUUAGAUGAAGCAGACAGAAUGUUUGACAUGGGUUUUGAACCACAGGUCAUGCGCAUUGUGGAUAAUGUUCGUCCUGACCGACAGACAGUUAUGUUUUCAGCUACUUUCCCCAGAGCUAUGGAGGCCUUGGCUCGCAGAAUCCUGAGUAAACCCAUUGAAGUGCAGGUUGGAGGCAGAAGUGUGGUUUGCUCGGAUGUGGAGCAACAAGUGAUUGUGAUUGAAGAAGAAAAGAAAUUCUUGAAGCUACUUGAACUUCUAGGCCAUUAUCAAGAAUCAGGAUCUGUCAUUAUAUUUGUGGAUAAGCAGGAACAUGCUGAUGGUCUUCUGAAAGAUUUAAUGAGAGCUUCUUACCCUUGCAUGUCUCUUCAUGGAGGCAUUGAUCAAUAUGACAGAGAUAGCAUCAUAAAUGAUUUUAAGAAUGGGACCUGCAAACUUCUUGUUGCUACAUCUGUUGCUGCCCGAGGCCUAGAUGUGAAACAUCUGAUUCUUGUAGUAAAUUAUAGCUGCCCCAACCAUUAUGAGGAUUAUGUGCACAGAGCAGGACGGACUGGAAGAGCAGGCAACAAAGGCUACGCCUAUACUUUCAUCACAGAAGAUCAGGCUCGGUAUGCUGGUGACAUAAUUAAAGCCCUUGAAUUGUCAGGGACUGCAGUGCCACCUGAUCUAGAGAAACUUUGGAGUGAUUUCAAAGAUCAACAGAAAGCUGAAGGGAAAAUAAUUAAAAAGAGUAGUGGGUUCUCUGGUAAGGGAUUCAAGUUUGAUGAAACAGAACAAGCUUUGGCAAAUGAGAGAAAGAAGUUACAAAAAGCUGCUCUUGGUCUUCAAGAUUCAGAUGAUGAGGAUGCUGCAGUUGAUAUUGAUGAGCAAAUUGAAAGCAUGUUUAAUUCAAAGAAGAGAGUGAAGGAUAUGGCUGCUCCUGGAACAUCUAGUGUUCCUGCUCCAACUGCAGGAAAUGCUGAGAAGUUAGAAAUUGCCAAGAGAUUGGCUCUUAGAAUCAAUGCUCAGAAGAAUUUGGGCAUUGAGUCUCAGGAUGUGAUGCAGCAGGCCACCAAUGCAAUUCUCAGAGGUGGCACCAUCCUGGCUCCCACUGUCUCUGCAAAAACCAUUGCAGAGCAACUUGCUGAAAAGAUCAAUGCCAAGCUUAAUUAUGUGCCUUUGGAGAAACAAGAAGAGGAGAGACAGGAUGGUGGACAGAAUGAAUCUUUUAAGAGAUAUGAAGAAGAAUUAGAGAUCAAUGACUUCCCACAGACUGCUAGGUGGAAAGUUACCUCUAAGGAAGCUCUGCAGAGAAUCAGUGAAUAUUCUGAAGCUGCAAUUACAAUCAGAGGAACAUACUUCCCACCUGGCAAAGAACCCAAGGAAGGAGAGCGGAAAAUUUACUUGGCAAUUGAAAGUGCCAAUGAACUAGCUGUGCAGAAAGCAAAAGCAGAAAUCACCAGGCUUAUAAAAGAAGAACUGAUCCGGCUGCAAAAUUCAUACCAACCAACAAAUAAAGGAAGAUACAAAGUCUUAUAAAACAUCUGGAAAAAACUUUUUACCUGUGCUGGUCUGUGAUACAUGUGGCAAUUGUUGUCUACAGUUUACAGUGUAUUUUAAGUUAAGAUUUUUGAAAUUCUGUCUUGCUGAUUUUUUUUUUUUAAAUACAAGAAACCAGUAUUUGCUAACGAAUCUUCUUUCAGUAAGUAUCCCCAGAAUUAUCAAACUAUAUUUAAAGUUUUCAUUAAAGUGCCCUUUAAUGUAAAUCUGGAUAAUAUUCCAGAAGCGUAAGAAAAUUAAAAUAUUUGGACUUUCCACUGAAGGAAAUAAAGCAUGUAAGUCGCUAAGGGGCUAUUCACCUUAUCUUCUUGCAGUGAAAUUGUGAUAAUCUCCUCAGAAAAGGUAAAGUUCUCUAAUUUUGUGACCACCUUGAGCUUAAAUCUUACUUGACUCAGUGGAACAAUAUGAACUAGAUUUAAGAAUAUUAUAAUAGAAUUUUUACAAAAUGGGUUCACAGUUUUUGUUUCAAUUUUUAUUAUCAUGUAUGGGCCAUAGUUGGACUGGUUUUUGGUUUUGUAAAAUUAAAAAUUUGUAGUAUAAGAAUUUUUUGCAUUCCUUUACACUGCUAAGAGUUUUAGUAUUUACUACUUUUAGGUUCCCCUCACAACCUCUGGCUCUGUGCCUAGCUACUAACUCUUUUCUAAUCUUCCUUAAAAGAAAGUGAUUUGUAGCCUAUAAAUAUUAAUAUGAUUGUUUUUUCUCCCUGAAAGUGUUCGUUUAUGCAUCUGUACAUGCAAACACCAUACCAAUCUGAUUUUUCUUCAGGAUUAUUGAGUAGGUUGUGAAUUUUCUUUCUUAAAAAAAGCAUAAUGGCACUCACAUUUUAAACUUAGACUUUAAGCAUUUUUCAGUGAAAUUUAGUUCACAAAGAAUCAUAAAUUAUAUUUUUGAGCCUUCAGAUAUAUUUCCUGAAUAUUCUAAUUUAAAUUGUUAUAAUUGGAUCACCUAAUUUUUUUCAAGACUCCUGGUGUAUU